UUGUGCUGAUUGACUCAAAAAAACAAUCAAGAGCCUGUACUACGGUAUGGAAAAGCCUUAACUGUAUAAUAGUAUUAAUACUACUACCACUAAUAAUAAUAAUAAUAAAAAACGGGCAGUAUCUUCUUGUGCUGCGCAAACCAGCUCAUCGUGCGCCGUUUGUAACCUCGUAGUUUCUUGAUUACUGGUACGUAUAUUACAUUGUUAAACAUGUCCAGGAAAUCAAAUUUACUCAUUACAGUUGGGAAAUACAGUAAUGUAUUAAGUUAGUGUGCCUUCUUGGUCGCAUGACGACUUCGUACCCUCGGAAUGUCGUAAAGCUAGGAAACUGCCCUUGAGACAAACUUUGUGAUAGGUUAAAUAACUAUAAAAUUACCGUUUGUCCUCGGAGGCACUGAACGUUGUAAUUAAUCCAUAACAAAAAGACGUCUUUCCUUGAAUACUCAUGAAGACUGGGCACGAUACUUUUUCAUGUUUACACGUCUGCAAGUAAAUGCUUUACUGAAUUCUGAACGCUAGAGGGUAGGGUUUCUCACGAUAUGGCCCAUGCGCUUUCACAAAGGCCUGGGACAACAUUAAGGGACAUCCAUCCAUUUUGUGAGCCGCUUAUCCUCACAAGGGUCACGGGAGUGCUGGAGCCUAACCCAGCUAUCAUCGGGCAGGAGGUAUGGUACACCCUGAAUUGGUUGGCAGACAAUCGCAGGGCACAUACAGGCAGACAAAUAGCAGUCUAAAGUGGGGGCGCGGACAGGGCAGUGGCCCGGAACAUCCACCCACAGUGAGGCAUCCAAAGCGGCUAAAAGUCCUGCGGGUGAUCAUCUGUAGGGUGCAUCAACCGCAGCUGUACAUCAAUUCUACAUCAUUGACUUUUUUUUUUUGUUUGAAAAAAAAAACUUCUUUGGGGCCAUCGCCUCAUGGUGGGGUAGACUUGCUGGGCGGCAGGUCGUGGGUGGCUUUCAGUCUGGUGUGGCCUCCCAAGGUCAAAUUUAGUUCACAUGUAAAAGGAAUAGUGGACUUAAAGGGGAAAUCCAGUGCUAUGCAUGAACAGUGUAUCCAAUAGGUCAUGUAAUAUGUACCCUUUUUUGACAAUGUGAUGUUAAAUCCUUUCCGAAUAUUCAAUAUUAAUUACAGCCACAGGUUCACAUCUGUAUGGAAGUAGUCCUCCGUCUUCCCGAUCAACCGAUACUGCUAUUUCUUCAUCAGAUGAGGAUAAAUACGAGAAAUCGGCGCUGGGCAUAAUUGGUGUCCCAUAUAAUCGAGCCUUUGUUGUGGCACGGUACACAUCACAUCCGUGCAUGUAGGUCAUGUGACUCACGGAAAUGGCAGCACCCCUGAAAAUUCGGAAUUGUCGAAAAAAAUCUUCUCAAAACACUAUUAAAUGACAGCGGAUUUAGCAUCGCAUUGUCAAAAUAGAGUACAUAUUACAUGACCUAUUGGAUGCACUGUUCAUGCAAAACAGUGGAUUUCCCCUUUAAGUCCAUGGUGAAAUUUAACCCAAGAGCUAAGUAUUCCAAACUUUUUGUAAGUAGUGUAUAUGUAGGCCACAAAUCUUGAUAAUUUAAAUGAUUAGUUUGCUGGGUUUCGAGAAUGGAGCUGGCCGCAUUUGACCCUCGGUCCUUACAUUGCCCAAUCCUGAUGUCGACUCAUGGUAUUCCCAUUUAAAGUUUUCGGAAAUCAUAAAAUGUUCACCAUUCAUGCAAUCCAACUAGACACACAAAUAUCGUCCAAGAACUAAAGACUGCAGGCCACCCACACCGUAUCCACCUCCUCCGACUGUGGUGGAAACAAACUGAAGAGGCAGACGCGAUCAUCUCUAGAGACAGAGAAACCCGACGGAGGCAAGCCAGCCGCCCGCCAUGGGGAGCGCGUUCUCCCGUCUCUGCGGCGGCAGACUGUUGUCGAUCCUGUCGGCGAGGCCGAGCUCCGGGCGGCGAGCUGAAGAAAAGACGCGGGCACAGUGCCAAGACGACGACGACGACGACACCUUGGACGGGCUUGUGAGGAGCGAAGACAUGGCCAGGUUUCCUUACGUUGAGUUCACCGGCAGAGACAGCAUAACGUGCCCGACGUGCCAGGGAGGUGGACGCAUUCCCUCAGGGCAAGUCAAUGAACUGGUUGCACUGAUCCCGUAUACCGACCAGAGGCUGCAGCCUCAAAGAACCAAAUUCUACGUGGUUCUGUCCACUGUGUUGUGUUUCCUUGCCUCUUUGCUGGUGGCCUUCUUCCUCUUCCCGCGAUCAGUGAUUGUGAUGGAUGAUGGGAUACGUACGGUGACUGUGUACUUCGAUCCUCCCAGCUCCAAGGUCCAGAUGACCUUGACGAGCACACUUAACUUCAGCAACCCCAACUUUUUCUCGGUGCUGGUGCAGAGUGUUAACUGUCAGGUCCUCUACAUGAAGAAGGUCAUCGGCACGCAUCAUCUGAACAAUGUCACCACCAUUUUACCACUUAGCAGGCUUCAGGUAAAUUACACAGUCAGCGUGGAGAUUGGCAGUAGUGCGCCAUACGUCUAUGCCUUCUGCACCAUGCGCAGCAUCAAGAACCUCAGUGAAAACCUCACACAUGGUGCGAACAUCCCAGAACAGCCUGGAAGCGUAUCACUAUGUCAACUGUGGCUCCAACACCACCUACCAACAGUGGCACAGCUUCUCAGCCCACAGGCACCACGAGUAACAACAGCAAUGAAGAAGGAUGGAGUGUUCAUUCUACUGAACGAUGGUCGAAGUUCACACUUAAUCUGGUUCCGUGAACAAAGUGACUCUUAAUCUGAGCAGUUUCCUGAAGAAGGUUAGCUGUUCAAUGUUUAUUUCUCGGUGUUUUUUUUUUGUUUGUUUUUGGGGUUUGGGGGGGGGUCACUUCUGGGUCCACAAAGUAAUCACAUUGCAGGUAUAAAGUAUGUCAUUGCACAAUUGCUGGGGUGUUUAGAAAUGAACUCACUCUGUAGCAGCUUUAAAGCUUUUGUUAUAGGAUAAGUACUGCUGCAGUUUCAAGGGCAAACCUAUUUGAAAAAUGAGUUUUGUAAACGCUACAUAUUGUUACAAAUGUUGCAUCUGCUGAAUUAUUCAAGUACAGUGUACGAAGCCUAAAACAUUUCUGUAGCUUUGUAUUUUUCAUCUUGUUCUUUGAUGAGGAUGAACUGAAGCUUCACUCCUGCUUCAAAACUGCAUUUGAACAGGUUUGGAUAGCGUCAUAAACCAAAUGUGUACAAAAUUACUGGCCAAUCAGACUGGGCAAUAUACUUCUGUUGUGAGCAGCAUUUUCCCUCAUCCCGCUAGUGUUUUACUUAAAUCCUGUGUGGGUUAUAAGGAUCUCUUUCUAGAUUAAUGGAUGUACACAUUGUUUUUGAAGGGUGUGCUAUUUGUACAAUGAUGCUUUCUCUGAUGCAUUUUAGACGUUUUAAAAAUAAUUACUUAAUGGUAUGUGUUCCAAGGCUAAAGAAGCGUCAACAAAAAAUGUAAAUUCUGUUAAUUUUCUUUCUUACCUUUUUUCCAUGUCCCCAUUACCCACCACACCUAAAAAGAACUGUUGACUCACAAGCAUGUAAGGUACCAACCACAUCAUCACUUUAUUCUAUUUUCUGGAUACAAAAUAGCAGAAUAUCCUUUUCCAACAAAACAUUUUUUCCUUUUGUUAUAUUUCAUACACAGUCCUAUAGUUGCAUCUGAAAAUAUAUUACUACAUAAUAUAGAGAUCAACAUGGGGAAAUAAUACAAAGAUCACAAUAUAUUAUUGCUGUAAUAAACGUAAUGUCUUGUUUCUGAAAGAAAACACUAAAAUAAAUGCAUAGUAGAGCUACAAAGAGUAGUUACGUACAAAAAUAUAGUUGGAAAAGGCUUAUUAAUUUAUAAAAGAGUGCUUCAUCUUUGGUUAACAUUUUUGCCCACCAUGUGACAAGGUCGUUCACUACAAGAAUAGUACAAUAACACUGGACGUCCAUCAAAUCUCCUUUUCCCGCUUCACUUGCGUCACCUUAGUUAAGAGCGGCUGUAACGACACUUAGUUGCUUAAUACUGUCCUUUCAGACUGCCUCGGACGCGCACGGUUAAAAAGUUAACGUUCUAGUUACACGCAGCAGUCUCAUUCUUGUUCUCAUUUACGGCGUAUGAGUGGAUGGAAUGAAACUAGAUUGUCAAUUAUCACGCGAGUUACUGUACAUGCGUGACACUAAACUGUAUCAGGUCUUUGGUCCUAUAGUUUGUGAUGCUACAAAUCUUCGAGAUGGCCUCUGCAUGAUGUCUGGUUCCACACAGCUGGUUAAGUCGGAUUUUCAAUUUGGGGCCAAAUGCAAUCAUGAAAAAAAAAAUCAAACUAUUGUAUAUUCGUGCUGUACUGUACUUUCCAGUUCCAGAGCUUAUUCAGUAAAAAUAGUCAACGCAGUUUUGUUCAAAUUAUAAUAACUAGUUGUAGUUAUUUACAUAUAUCGCUGUCCAAUAACUUGCAUGUACUGUAUACUUAAAAAAAAAAAAAGAUCCUUUAAUAACCAAUAAGUGUGCUGAAAUAUCCAUAAUUCUUUCCCAAAACUGUUUUGUUUGUCCAACAUUAAUCACGUCCUGACCCACUUCAUCAUCUCUGGAUUUUGACGGAAUGCUGAGUAUGAAUUUUGUAUUGUCCGAUCUUGAUGUGAUCCUUUGAAGCCAGCCUUCAUCACAGCAGGUAAUUAGGACUGCUUUUGUGGUAGGUAAUAUGUUGUUCAAAUAGAUCUUUAGCUUUUUUAUGCCAGCUUUAUUAUUUGAGUAUUUUCGGCCUCAAUGUUUUUGGCUUUUUGAAACUUCUCUGAAGUUUGAUUGUUUUUUUUUUUUUUUUUUUUUUUUUUUU